CACAUAUGAUACAUGAAGCUAAAAAGUCAAGUUUGUGGGACUCCUAUAAACCAGAGAACCACAAACCUUACUCAUUACUUCCCAUUAGAAAGGCCAGAGACAAAGCUCGUACAAUCUCCCAAAUAAUGGACCGCCAUUCUUUCUCUUCUCCCCCUCAUCCUCAUGUACUCAUCUUUCCAGUUCCUGCGCAAGGCCACGUGAACUCCAUGUUAAAGUUGGCAGAGCUUCUGAGUCUCGCCGGAGUCAAGGUCACCUUCGUCAACUCCGUCUACAAUCACGACCAACUCGUCCGCCACACCGACAUUGUCGACCGGUUCUCUCAGUACCCGGGGUUCGAGUUCCGCACGGUUUGGGACGGUCUGCCUCUGGGCUCCGCGAGAAAGGGGGAGAAAUUCAUGGCGUUGUUUGCUUCCAUGAGAUUGAACACGAAGCCUCUGUUCAGAGAACUGGUGGUGGGUGCUCAGCCGCCGAUUGAUUGCAUAAUAGGAGAUGGUCUUAUCCAUUUCCGCACUAUUAGUGCUUGCUGCUUCUGGGCUUAUUUUUGUGUUCCUGAUAUGGUUGCAGCUGGUGAGCUUCCGAUUAAAGGAAAUGAAGAUAUGGAUCGGUUGAUAACAACAGUCCCAGGCAUGGAGAACUUCCUGCGAUGCAGAGAUCUACCAAGCUUUUGCAGGGUAAGCGACGUGGAAGACCCGAUUCUCCAGAUGAUAAUAACCAAGACCCGACGAAGCUCUCAGGUUUCUGGUCUGAUAUUCAACUCGUUUGAAGAACUGGACGGACAUAUCUUGUCAAAAAUCCGCGAACACUGCCCAAAUAUUUACCCCAUUGGUCCUCUCCACGAACACUUAAAAUCAAGAAUGAUCUCGGAGAAGAUGAAGCAGAAGACGACCACGAGAAGUUCUUCUUCUUCUCCGUCUGCAAACAGUUUGUGGGAGAUUGACAGGAGCUGUAUCGAGUGGCUUGACAAGCAGCCAAUGCGUUCUGUUGUGUAUGUGAGCUUCGGCAGCGUUGCAGUGGUGACAAGGGAGAAGUUAAUGGAGAUUUGGUACGGCCUUGUCAAUAGCCAGCAGAGGUUCAUGUGGGCUAUACGGCCGGAGUCGGUGAUUGAUGGGAAUAUUCCGGUGGAGUUAACCGCCGGGACAAAAGAGAUAGGGUAUAUAGUGGAGUGGGCGCCACAGGAGGAGGUUCUGAGUCAUUCAGCGAUUGCUGGGUUCUUGACACACAGUGGGUGGAAUUCUACUCUGGAAAGUAUUGCCGCCGGUGUGCCGAUGAUCUGCUGGCCUUACUUUGCUGAUCAACAAGUGAAUAGCAGGUUUGUGAGUGAGGUGUGGAAGGUUGGUGUGGACAUGAAAGAUGUGUGUGACAGGAGAGUUGUGGAGAAGUUGGUGAGGGAUUUGAUGGCGGAGAUGGAGGUGAGAAGAUCAGUGUUGGAGAAAAUGGCUAAAUUGGCCAAGGACAGUGUCAGUGAAGGUGGCUCCUCUUACUCCAAUUUGGACCGUCUGAUUCGGGACAUGAGAUCAAUGAGUUGGCAAAACAGAGAAGCACAUCAACAUUUGAAAUAAUGGUUCAUUUAUGAAUCAGAAAAUUUUCAUAAGAAUUCUUCUCGUAAAUCUAUUAAUCCUAUGUAGAAUAUUUGUCAGAACAGUUUAAGUCUGGUAUGCAAACAAAUUGAUGACAUGAAGUGUUCUGAAAAUCUACAAUGAUAAAAAUAUAAUCAACCAAGUUGUGUAAAGAUCUGGAAGAAGA